AUGGACGCCUCCGAGAAGAAGACACCGACGGAGACGCAGCAUGCUGACCCUGGCGUCGACAUCCUCGCUGCUGAAGCUCUUCUAGUUCCUGGAUACGAUCCCGAUAUCCAAUAUGAGUCCACCGAGGCGAGAAAAGCCGUCCUGAAGGCCGAUCUCUUCGUCCUACCCUUCAUCGUGCUCUGCUUCUGCUUCCUGCAGUUCGAUCGUACCAAUAUUGGCAAUGCCCUGACCGACACGAUGAGGAAGGAUAUCAACGUUGGAAACACUCAGAUCAAUCUGGCACAAACCCUCUUUAUCGUUGGCUUCGUCAUCACGGAAAUCCCUUUCAAUAUCAUAAGCAAGUACAUCGGUCCUGAAAGAUUUCUCCCAAUCACAAUGUUCCUCUGGGGCACCGUCACCUGGUCGCAAAUGUUCAUCAAGGACGCCGCCGGACUAUGUGCAGCGCGUUUCUUUCUAGGUGCACUCGAAGGAGGAUAUAUUCCUGGCUUUGCUUUAUAUAUCUCGAAGUACUAUACAAACCAAGAGCUAGCCUUGCGAUUUGCCAUUUUCUGGGCUUCAAACAGUUUCGCUGGCGCACUUGGAGGACCACUCUCCAUUGGCCUACUUUCCCUUCGUGGCAAUGGUGGUCUGCAGGGAUGGCAGUGGCUCUUCCUUCUUGAGGGCGUCCUGACUUGCUGCCUUUCUGUGGCAGCAUAUUUCUAUCUACCUCACGGUCCAGCAAAGCCCAAGGUUUUCUUUGGCAAAUCCUGGAACAUCUUCACACCGCGACAGGCAUCCAUCAUUGUCACUCGUGUCAUACGCAACGAUCCCACAAAGGCUCUCCGAUACGGGAAGCCGGUACUCCCAGCUCACAUUCUGGAAACCUUCAUGGAUUGGCGACUCUAUGGACAUCUCGUCGCGGCCUUCUUGUCAAUGGUGAUGAUUCAGCCCAUGAAUACAUAUGCGCCUUCUAUCAUCAAGUCGCUUGGCUUCAGUGGCUUGCAAGCAAAUGGACUUAACUCAGUCGGCAGUGUCUGCGCAUUGGUAUGGUCAGUAUCCCUUGCAUAUAGCAGCGACAAAUUUUAUGAGCGAGGCUUCCACGUUGCCAUCGGAUAUCUGUGGGGAGCUGCUGGUCUGCUUUGGCUAGCACUAGCUCCAAGUGGCGUUGGAAAAUGGGUUCUAUAUGGCGGUGUUGUCAUGACGCAAAUGGGAAUGGGAUCAGCACAAGCGAUCAAUGCUGCCUGGCUCACGUCCAAGAUGCCCGACCACAAACGUCCUAUUGCCUUGGCUGCAUAUGUAAUGAGCAUUCAGCUGGCCGGAUUCCCGGGAAAUCAACUUUUCCGUACGCAAGAUGCUCCUCGCUACAAACAUGGGUUGAUCAUCGCUGCUGCAUGUGUCAUUGCUGGCACAGUUGUGAUCCUGGCGUGGAAACUCCUCUACCGCUUGUUCGACCAUGGAGACAGUGGUGUGGAGGCAACUUUCGGCGUCCCUGCAGCCGAGGAACGAAGAGCUUCGGAGGUGUAG